AUGAGAGACAGAAAGUGUAUGACGAUGCUGGACCCUUUCCAUGCCAAGUAUGGAAAAGUGUUAACAGCUGGACUGUCCCUGGCUUCACUUUGUGUUGACGUGUUCUGGUUGCCCAUCUCUGCUGCCGUCGCCAUCACCUACACACUGCUGGGAGGUCUGUACUCUGUGGCCUACACAGAUGUUAUACAGCUUGUGCUCAUAUUCUUCAGCUUGUGGCUCUGUGUUCCCUUUGCUUUGAUGAACCCUUACUCCUUGGAUAUUAGCCAGACACUGAUGAACAACACCUUACAUGCUCCCUGGAUUGGUACACCGGGAGUAAAAAAGACCUGGAUAAUGAUUGAUGAUUUUUUAUUCUUUGCCCUGGGAAGUAUGGGAUAUCAGUGCGUCCAUCAGAGGACUUUGUCGGCAUCUUCUACAUCCACAGCCAAGAGAACUUGUUUUGUUUCUGCAAUGAUCUUACCUGUAUUUGGAAUACCAUCAAUUCUGCUUGGGGCAGUUGCUGCCUCCACAGACUGGAACAUGACUUCCUAUGGCUCUCCAUCUCCAUAUGAACGUGGGGAAUCAGUUCUAGUUCUGCCCAUCACCCUGCAGCACCUCACUCCGCCAUUCAUCUCCAUCAUCGGUACUGCAUGUGUGGCCGCUGCCGUCAUGUCGUCAACUGACUCUGCUUUGCUUUCUGCAGCUUCUGUCUUCACCGCCAACAUAUACAAGAAUAUCCUGAGGCCUCAGUCAUCAGACAGAGAGAUCCAGUGGGUGAUCCGUGCUUCUGUGUUGGUAGUGGGCUUGGUUGGUACAUCGCUGACGAACAUGAAAACCAGCAUCUUAAUGUUCUGGUUCAUUUGUGCUGAAGUGACCUACAUCAUUAUCUUCCCUCAACUCGUCUGCGUCCUCUUCUUCGACAUCUCCAACGGUUACGGGGCUGUUAUGGGCUUUCUGAUUGGAUUAGUGUUAAGACUGCUCAGUGGAGACCCAUCACUUGGGUUAGCACCGGUCAUUCACUUCCCAGGAUGCACUCUUGAGGACGGUGUUUAUGUCCAGUACUCUCCGGUUAAGACCAUCUCCAUGUUGUCUGCCAUUGCUGCCAUCUUGUUGUUCUCCUACCUGGCUUCUGUGCUCUUCAACAAAGGCCUGCUUCCUGAGAGGUGGGAUGUGUUCAAAGUGAAACAGCAGCUCUCACCAGAACCACUGACAGCAACAUGUGGCACCGCAGAACACAAUGAGAAGGAGAAGUUGAAUAGAAACAACUCUCAGACCGAAGCAUCAGAGCCAAUGUUUAGCACAGACUGUUAAUGUUCCUGUGUGUACAGUACAAUGUGUUUCCUUAUAGUAAUAUAGUUACUAUGCUGAGGGUUUCUGUUGCAGUACCGCAGGUGUCCACUGGGACACAUUGUCAGCAAGGUAUAAUGAAUGAAAUAUAACUGCUUUGAAUGGGAUAUUGAAAGUGU